GGUUGCCGUGGUAACUGGCCCGCGCGGCUUGAAAACGGAAGGAGAUGUUUCCCGCCAAGUGGGCUUGUUGAUAAAAACUUGGGAAAGGUUCUGAUAAUGGCGGAGGUGCUGGACGGGCCCCGGGUUCGUGUAGCCACCAGUCAAUUGGCGCAAUCCAUUGGGAAGCCCGUUUGUUUCGUGGGGCGGCUGGAGAAGAUCCACCCAUCAGGGAAAUACUUCUUUCUGGCUGAUGGAGAAGGGAAAACUGCAACCAUAGAGAUGAACACGCCUCUAGAAGAAGAGAUUUCUGGAGUCAUUGAAGUAAUAGGAAGAGUAACAAAGCAAGUAAACAUUUUGUGUGCAACAUACACUCAAUUUAGAGAUGAUAAAAGUACAUUUGAUCUUGCGCUAUAUAAUGAAGCUCUGAAAAUUAUUCAUGACUUUCCUGAAUACUAUCCUUUUGGUUCUGACUGAUGCUUAACAAAAUAAGAAAUGGGACAGUUCUAUACUCAAUGAAGAAAAGUACCCAAUAAUCUCAUUUGAAAACAAGUUGUCUUAAAAAUUCACUUGGGGCAACCUUACAUGCAUAUGAUAUGGUUCACAAUUUUUUCUGGAUUGGGUUUUUUUUGUCUCUGCCAAUGGAUCUAAACGAUGGUGCAGUAGUGAUGGAGAAAAAUGCACAUCUCUGAUAAAAGGCAAAAACUUCUCAAUAGAUGUAUAUUUAAUAUCUGAUUGAUUGCACUGAUACUGGGCUCUCAAGAUUCUAAUGAUUCAAGGCAGCCAUUAUCAGUUCGCCGGACCUCUUCCUAUAGCAGCUAUCAUAAUACCAUCCUGUGUUGCUUGAGGCAUAUGGAAUAACAGUCAUCAAAACUGUGAAGCAAACUAAACUUUUUAUUGUUUUGAGCAUAGAAUCAGGUGGUUUUAACAAGUGGUUUCAACCUUUCAAACUACAGAAACAUACAGCUGACCAAAUAUUUGACCACUGGCUAAAUUAGAAACAAUAUAUGUGCAGUGCAGCUAUUUAACCUUUCAAUACUCAUGUAGAAUAUUAAACUUUUUGUACAGAAA